CCAUGGAUGAAGGACAUACGCAUUCGAAGAUGUUUCGUCGCGACGAUGAAGUCCCAUUUCUAGACCACAACAACGACGAUGAAGAGGAUGUACCAAAACAAUACAAUACACGGAGUCAUUCUCUAGCAUAUGUGGCGCUAUUGCAUUGUUCAUUUGCACUACUCUAUGCGGUCUUGACUCUAUACAUGGUCAGAUCCUCGAAACUUCAGUCGGACACGCCAUUCAGACCAGCCCUACAGGACUUGGAUGUCAGUUUCUCCUCGCGCCAGUAUGGCCUGAUGCGAGACAGUUCAUACAUUGGUCCGCCAUCCAACGCGACAGACGCAAGCUGGAUUGACCUUUUCAGCACUAUGUCUAUUCGAGUGUCUGAUGCUGAGCUCUCUACCACGCAGCAAUCGUCCGUCGCGCUCCCUGAUGGUGGAUAUCUUGCCUGGUUGGGAGUGUACCAUGAACUGCACUGCGUAAAAGUGUUGCGAAAGAUGGUGUAUCGCGAGCACUAUUAUCCAAAGCUUGAUGAUUCAGGACUCAGGGAUCGCCAGGUUCAUGCGGAUCACUGUGUGGAUCUUUUGAGACAGGCCCUAAUGUGUCACGGCGAUGUGGGCAGCUUAACUACUUUUUUGUGGGACGAGAGGUUUGAGAAGCCCUUACUGAGUCCACAAAGACCGCUGCACAAAUGUUAUAAUUGGGAUGGAUUGGUCGAUUCGUUGGGAAAGAGGGUCGUGGAGGAGCGGGAGCUUGACAUGAUGAAAAGGUCCUGA